AUGAGCUUAGAAUCGAAUUGGAUUGAAACUUGUAAGCGUGUAGAGCAAAUAAUUAGCACCUAUUCUCUUGCUAGAAUGGACUGUCUUUUUCUAGAUGCCUUGUCUACUUCUUCUCCACUCCUUCAAUUCAUUAAGGAGACUGAUCAACAAAGUAUUAUGGCUUUGGUAAAUGCAGUUGAAGAUUUGGGAGAAAACUUUAUAAGGCAAGAAACAGUGGCAGAUUUGAUUGAGGCCAGCAAAUUAAUCAGGCCAAUCAUUAGCCAGGAAUAUAGAAGCAUCCAAGAUUUUUGUAACCGUUUAUCAAAUAUUGUUGUAGAUUUAAAAUUAGUAGUGAAGGUCGAAAGCUCAAAUCAUUCUAUUAACGGUUUGAAAAAUCUGCUAGACUCUAUUGCUAACAGAGGAGAGCUCACAAAGGAAACAAUUUACAAUGCCACACAAUCUGGCUAUUUUAGAGUUUCAUUGGAAAAUGUUACUGCCUAUAUUUUAUCUCUGCUUUACAAUGGUAAUGACGACCAGGUAAAACAAGUCAGUAUAGCUGAUAUACAAGAUUUACGAAGCGGAGCAUUGUUGAUUAUAAAUUCAAGAAAAGACCAAUCUCUUGAAAGAAAUUUCCAUGAUAUGGAAAUGUUUAUAGAAUAUUGUGAUCUUGCUUUUGAUUACUUAACAAAAAUUAACAAUUUGAAAGCUUUGGGAAACAAUAAGGAUUAUUGUUCUGAAAAAAUAGAUUUCGAUGCAUUGCCAGAUAAUAUCCAAGAAAUUGAGACGGAAACACAAAACUGGCAAACCAUUUUGGAUAAUUAUUUAGGAAAACAUUUCUUUUUGAAUUUCUUCGCUCCAGAGCGAUUCUGGGUGUUGGAAAGGUAUUUUUCUGGAAAUGGCACAGUAGAUGAUGUUUAUCCUCUAUUAAAUUUUAUCCAUCCAAUAUCCAAGAAUGAAAUUAAAUUGAUACAAUUCCAACAACAAGAACAGCUAUUAGACAUGGAACAUAGAUUAGAAAGAUUGGGUAAGAUUUUGGAUAAAAUCUUUCACAAUAAGGUUAAAUCUGAUGCAAAUGUAUCAUCCUACUUUAGAAAUACUUUUGUAGUCCUAUCUGUGGAAAACAAAGAGCUCAUUAGCACAAUCCUGAAAAUUUUCACUAAUAGCCUUCCUAAACCCUCCACAGUACUAUUUUGUGAAUAUGGUACUACUUGGCAGCCACUUAAUGCUAUUGUUUCAAGAUCGUUUUUUAACAAUCUAUCUGGUGAUCUAUAUUGCAUAGCACAAAUAGAGAAGCUUUCGUUCUCACUUCAAGCUCAACUAGUUGAUAAAAUUAAUAGACUCAAAGAACUUAAUCUAGAAAAAAAGAGCUCACUGUGCUUGAUAGAUACCAGUGGAAACCAAACUAGCUAUGUUGUAAACCAAUUCAAACGAUUCCUACAAAAUAUUCCAAACACAACCACUACUAAAGCUAUUCAACCAUUUUCAAAAGCCUAUCUUUACUCAUCAGAUGUAUCUGGUGUCGGAAAAACAGAAAAUAUUAGGCUUGAGGCACUCCGUAGACGUAAAAAACUGGUUCAUUUACCUAUUAUGGAUUCAGUAAACAGAGCAGAAUUGUGCAAUAGAUUAAAGAGGUUGAAUCUCUCACAUAUAGACUGUUUACACAUUGAUAUAAGAAAUUUAUCCCAAUCAAAUGCUUGCUUGCUGAAUAAUCUUUUGUUCGAGAUUAUAACUUUUGGUAUGGUGAUAGAUGACCGUGUUAUGUUCAAAAUUCCUGUUAAUAACCUUGAUAUAUUUAUUGAAUUAGAGAGCCAAUCCAGAUUUUGGAACUUCUUGACCAUUCGAGAAACAUAUUUGAUUAAUAAGAAAGAUAUUGAAUUUCGUUUAGAAAAUUUAGUUUUCAACAAAUCAUUAUUAUCUAGAAGUCAAGUCACAUUUAAUUACCUGAAAGCGUUGGAUAAUGACACAAUAGAUACGGAAGAUAUUAUAUUCAGUGGCCCAAAUGCAAAUGCAACCGUUGUAUCUGAUGAAGAAUGUAGACUCUUGAUUCAAAAGUACUUUUUUAAAAAUAAGAAGGAGAUCAAUUACUCUUUAAUGCACGUAUUCAUUAAUGUUCUUGCUGAACAAUUUAUCAAAUUUUCUCAGUCAGUUUUCUUAAAAACCCAACAAAUUACACAUGUUACAGAAUCCCAAAAAAUUAGAAGCAAACUAGUUAAAGUACUAAUGGAUGUGUAUUCUGAAUUUUCAACCAGAUCUGUGCAUGGAAAUAGAAAACAACAACAACAUCAUGUGAUGGGAUCAAAAUCAGAUGUGGUGUUGUUUAAAGAAUCUGGAAUGGUUAGAUGGGAGGAAAGUAAUCACCUUAUUGUUGCUUUCCAUAAGUACGAUUCCACUAUCACAGCUCUAUAUAGAGACUUGUCUUUCCUUCAACAAACCCAUUCCGAUAUUUUUGACACUUUGCAAAGCCAAAAAGUUUCUCUUCCAGAUUACUCCUCUCUCAAUCAAGAAGCCUUGUUAUUUGAGUUGGGAAAGAUGGCCGGAUCUAUUACAGAGUAUGAUGGUCAAUAUGCCAUGACUGCAGACAAUUUGUUGAAAAUGAUGUUAAUACUAUUAAGAGUAGAAGCCUGUAUACCAGUUGUGAUAUCAGGUGAAACAGGUUGUGGAAAAACAAGUCUGGUAGAGUUUUUAGCUAAAAAAACAGGUGCCUCCUUUAAUUUACUUAAUUUCCAUGCUGGAACAACACCUGACAUAAUUAUCAGCUUUAUGGAAGCAGUUAUAGAACAAGCUUAUAACAAUCCUAAUACAAAGCAUUUGGUAUUCUUGGAUGAAAUUAACACAUGUGACUAUUUAGGUUUGGUCUCAGAAAUUGUAACUUUAAAGUCAAUACGUGGAAUCAGCCUACCAAUUAAUAUCUCAGUUAUUGCUGCAUGCAAUCCAUAUAGAACAAGGAAGCAUAUUUAUACAUCUGCUCUAGAAAAAGAUAAAGCAUCAGACCUUGCUUAUAGAGUCAAUCCUUUACCUGAUUGUUUAAUUGAUUAUAUUUGGGAUUAUGGCUUUUUAUCUCAAACUGACGAAAUGAGUUAUAUCCAAACAAUGCUUGGAAGAUUAACCAUACAAUUUCCAAAACAUAUUCUCUGCACAAUAAUUUGUGAAUCCCAAGCUUUUGUAAGAGAUUUGGAAGAUGCUUCUAGCGUUAGUUUGCGAGACGUCAAUAGAUUUAUUGUUUUGUGUCAGUAUUUCUUAGAAACCCUUAAAAAAAGAUCAGAACCAUUGAAAAAAGCAAACCAAAUCAUGUGGAUACAAGAAAACCAACGUGAUGACAAAUAUGAUAUUUCUAGCGUUGUAUUAGCACUUUCUGUUUGUUAUUACUCUAGAUUAGCAAAGUUAGAAUAUAGAGAAAAUUAUCUAACUACUGUUUGUAAACAUUUACCAAGAAUUUCAAAAGAAGACUUUGUAAGGAUAGUUGAUGAAGAGCAGACAAGUUAUCUAAGAAGAAUGGAAAUUCCACCAAAUAUUGCCUGGAAUAGGUCUUUGAAAGAAAAUAUUUUCGUAAUAUUGGUGUGCAUUUUGAACAAGCUUCCUGUUUUUGUUGUUGGUAAGCCAGGUUGUAGCAAAAGUUUAGCUAUUCAACUUUUGACUAGUAAUUUAAGAGGAGAAGAUUCAAUAGAUAAAUACUUCAAAACUCUCCCACAACUCAUCUUCAUUGCAUUCCAAGGUUCAGAGUCUUCUACAUCAGAGGGUAUUCUCAAGGUAUUUGAUAAGGCAAGAGGAUAUUUGAAAAUUAAUGAAAAAGAAGAAAAAGUUAUACCAGUAGUAAUUUUGGAUGAAAUUGGUUUAGCUGAAAUUUCAGCACACAACCCUCUAAAAGCUCUACACGCAUUGUUAGAACCAAAGAAAAGGGAUGUUGCCGUGGUUGGUAUCUCAAACUGGAGGUUGGACGCAGCAAAAAUGAACAGAGCAGUCCAUGUUUCUAGACCUGAAGCUGAUGAAAAUGAGCUAAAGGAAAUUGCAAAAACAAUUUUAUUUGAAAAUAAUCAUAUUGAAAAGACAGAUACAAUAGAACUUCUAUUAGAUUAUCUUUCUAAGUCCUACUACGAAUUUAUUUCAAACAAAAAAUAUAACAAUUUCCAUGGUUUGAGAGAUUACUACUCACUUGUCAAAAGUGUUAUCAUUGAAGAAGAAGAAAAUUUUGCUGUUAGUCUUUGUAGAGCUAUAGAUAGAAAUUUUGGAGGUCUUUCAGCUUCGGCUAUGAAUUUCAAGAAAAUAUUAUUUGAAAAAGCAUCAAUUACUGAAUCUGUACCAUCAGACUUGCCAAUAUUGGAACUAAUCAAAGAAAAUAUUGAAGAUAAGAAUGCCAGACAUCUAAUGUUAAUUACUAAUAGUGAUUCUGCAUUAGAUAUCAUUACGUACUAUUACAAAGAGUUCCUUAAUAGAAGUCCUGAAAUUAUUUAUGGAAGUCAGUUCAAUUUGGACAAGACAGAAGAAUACAGCUAUGUGGUUUUGAAUAAGAUUAUUUAUUGUAUGGAAGAAGGGUACACAUUGAUUUUGAAAGAUUUAGAUAGUGUCUAUGGCAGCUUAUACGAUAUGCUGAAUCAAAACUAUACUUAUGUCGCUAAAAGAAGAAAUUGUAGAAUUGCUAUUGGCCCACAUAGUAACCCUAUGUGCCACGUUAACGAGAAUUUUAGAUGCAUAGUUUUAGUUGACCAAAAGCGUCUGGCAACCUGUGAUCCUCCUUUUUUGAACCGAUUCGAAAAACAAAUUCUUAACUUUGAGAAUAUUAGUGAAUCUAAAGUGAAUGAAUGUGUGAUGCGUUUAAAUGAAUGGGUAGAAAAUAUUACUAAUUUAGAUAGUAACGUUUUUACUGUUAACGACAUGUUUCCAUCCUAUUCUUCAGAUACACUAUCAUCACUGGUUCUUGCAAAUACUAAUUCAACUACCUCAGUAGAACACUGUGUAGAAAUUUGCAAAGAAGCACUGAUCGCAACUUCAACCUUUGAUGGUAUAGUCAGAUUGGCAUAUUCCAGCGUAUCUAAGGAAGAAUGUGACAACUGGUUGAAUAGAUACCAAUUAGACAAACAUAAUAAUCUAUUAGACUACUACAACAAUUGUGAUGGUUUUGCUCACAUGAUUAUGACCUUUUCACAUAUUUUGACAGAAUUAAACUUUACCUGGUUAUCCUCCAUUAGGGUAAGAGAGUUUAAUACAGAGAGGGAAUUUGCUAAAAAAGUCGAAGAUUUCUUUAAUGAUGAAGAAAAUGGGCUGUUGACCAUACACUUUGAAUCUCAUUUGGAUGGUAAAUUUGUACCGAUGGUAAAAUUUAUUGUAGAUCAUCAUAUUCAAAACUCUGACAGGACUGACAAGAAGGUAUUCCUCAUUUUACACAUCUCCAGAGAUAUUUAUGAGAAUGCAAAUGAAGAUUGGAAAUUAAAUUUCAUGAAUGGGUGGAAACAAGUGACUAUUGACGAGUUGUCCCCUAAUUUUGACCAGACCAACUUAUUAGAUAUCCAUGAUAUGUUCUCGAGUGAAUUUUACAAUGUUGAAAGUAUCUUGAAAGAUAUCAUUCAGGCAACAUUAAUGAAGAUAGACUACUUUGCCGUAAAUAUUGAAUACAUAAGUACAUUAUCUUCCAAGAUAAUUGAAGAUGCCGAAUUUUUACAAUUUAUUGGAGAAAUUCUUAAUGAAGAAUUGCAAAAGGUUCAGUUUGAUUGGAGGAAACAUGUUGCCCUUGACAAGAAAAAGCUUGCAGAAUCUGGUUGUCUGAUAGAUGCUAUCAAAAACGAAAUGCAAGACCUUGUUCAACGAAAAUUGCUCAAUAUUUUGAAAUUCAUUGAACAACAUUCAGCUCUUGAGACCUUUUUCAUUGCAGAUCCGAAGUUGAGAGCUUUAUGGAAGAAUAUCACUGCUAAAUACCACAAUAAUGGAGCUAAUAAUUCUAAAAUUAUGUUGAUAAAGGGCUUGAGACUUCCAUAUAGUAAGUGGCAAUGUGAAAUCUAUAAGGAACUCAAAGACAAGUUGGAAAUGUUAAAACAAAAUUCCAGUAUUGAAAAAGGUGAUAAUCAAGAACAACAGUUAGAGCCUCUACUUCUUUCUUUGAUAGAGUCAUCUGAAUGCGUUUUUGGCCUGCAAGAUUACUCAGAAGAACUUCUUAAAAGAGAUUUUUUGACAAUCACUGCUCAAGAACUGGGGCUGAACUCAGAAUUCGCUCAAAUAUUCGAAAAUAUCAUACUUGGUUUAUUCGAGAUCAACUUAGUACUCUCUCCAAAAGAAAGAUUAAUACUAAUGGUUUGGAAUAACCAAAAAACAUUACUUGCUGUUGUAGAAUUAAUCAAGUAUUGUUGUGGAAAUUCUAUUGAGAUACCUGAGGAUAUUGAAUGCUUGGAUGAUUUACUUGAUAUAAUCACCUUAUCUCUGCUUCAAGACGGAACUAGAACCCCUAACAAUGAAUGGAAAGACAAAAUAGCAACAGUUUUGCCAAUAUUGUUGGAAGAGAAUGUUUCAGCUACUUUGUUAAAAAUUUUGAAAGAUUUCUCUCACUAUUUACUGGAAUACCCAUAUGAAAUCCAACAAAUAUGUACAGAGAUUCUCUGCUAUGAUUGCAAUCUUGAAGAUCCAAAAUUAAUAGAAAACAUAUUGCAAAUUUUAUCAAAGUCCCAAAACCUAUUCCAAUCCAAGAUGGUAUUUAUUUCAAGACUAGAGCUUACAGAAGAGUUAUUGGAGGUAGUAUGUAGAGAACUUGUUGAAAUCCAAGAUGUUAAAUAUUUGACGCAAAUUGUCUAUAAGAUUUGUGUUGAUCAUAUAGAAGAGUUAGAGGAGGGAAAUUUUGAGAACCUGAGGGUUCUAAACAAUCUUCUUGUGAAUAACCCAUAUUGCCCUCUUUACUAUGUGUUUAUAGAUGUACUUGAAGAACUGGUUUCAGACCAAGAAUUGACCAAUGAAGAAGAAUUAAGAAUAUUAGGUAACAAAAUCAAUUCUCCUAAUAGUGAGUCAGUUCCAGAUAUUGAAAGAGCCUACUACGUUGCAUCAAUUAGACACCAUUUGAAAAAUAUUUCAAGUCAAGAAGACCUUCAAACCACUAUUUCUGGAUCAAUAAUUUCCAAUUAUUUAUCUCAAGACGAAGACGCAAAAAAUUAUCUUCUCAAAUGUGUGAAACAAUCUUUCGAUAAUUGGUUAGAUUUUAAAGAAUUUGUGGAGUCUGAUAUCUCUGGAUCAUUAGAUGUUGAUUUAACAAACAAAUCGUUCGACACACUUGGUUAUAACAUAUUUAGGUCACUACCUAGAUACAAAGAAGCAGAAAAAGCUUUUGAUGAAAUGUACUACUUGAAUAAUACAAGAGAUAUGUUGGAACUUAUUCAAGAGGCAAAGUCCAAUCCAAAGUUGUUGUACACAUUGAUGGGAUUGAUUACUAACAAUAUUCACUUUUCACAAAUUACCGAUUCAACAUUACGUCUCUGUGUGGAAUUCUUUGCAAGCAGCUUCCAAAGCUUUUCAAAAUCUGUAAAAAACCUUGUGACACGCUUACUUAGAUCAGCAACUGUAAGGGAUUGCAGUUAUGUUAUUAGAAUUAGUGUUAUGUGUCUUGCUGUAUGCAUACCAGAAAACCCUAUUUCCAUCUUCAUCAAAAAUCCAAAUACAGUCCGUUCCACAUACGUAGUUACAGCAGAACACGAUAUUUUAGGUGGUAUUUUGAAGGCUAUCAACACCAAAGAUGGAGGUCACAGUAGAUACAGAUGUAAUUGUGGUUAUGUAUAUUUGAUUGGAAAUUGUGGACAACCUAAUGGUACUGCUAGAUGCCCAACAUGUGGAGCAACACUUGGAGGAGAAGGUCACAAACUUAUUCAAGGAAGUAGAAUUGAUGAAGCUAAAAGAGACGGAACCGAUUCAUCCAACGAAAAAGGAUGUACAAUGUCUGCAAUUAAUGAUGAUUAUCAUACCGUAAGACAAUUCCCUCCAGCAAUGUUCAGAGUUUGGCAAUUCUUUAUUAAUUCAAUUAUCCUCAAUGGCUUAGAUAUCAAUUUAGUUAGCAUAGAUGAAAUUAGAGGUUUCUUCAUCCAGAAUCAACUUAAUAACCCUAUUGAUUACUUUAAUGAAAAAGCUGCUAAGGAUUGGAAUAUAUUGGCCCAAAUUUUAGAUCAACAAGGUGAAAAUUUGUGCUUCCUAUUGCAGCAAUGUAUUAUUUCAAAUUUGGAUUAUUUAUUUGGAAAUAAUGAAAGGUUAGAUACAGAGGACAAGAGAGCCAUUUUCGAAAAUGGAUUGAUAGAAUAUACCUCCAGAGUUCUGGGAGACAUUAACCUCUCAAUCAGAGAUAUAAAAAUGAAUUCUACCAGGUCCGAAGAAAACAGUAGUCUCCAAGCAAUCAUUGAAGAAACAUGUACGCCAAAUAAUUCCCAAAUUAACAAAUUUACAGAAUUUAGAAUUACAUCAUCUCCUUCUGUCCAAGGCAUGAAGGCAUUAUUCAUGUCUAAUCCAGAGAAUGCACAAUUGUAUCCUUUCCUGAAAGCCUACUUGACUAAUGAAAAAGAGCUACAUCACAUCGAAAGCCUUUUCGACCUUAUCACUUUUUCCAAUUUAUUGAUGGAUAAAUGUGAUAACACUAUUGAACGAGCAACUGCUGAAAAAACAGAAAUGAAGUAUUAUGCAGAAACUAAUGGCUUGAAAGAACUCUAUGGAAAGGUAGUUACAGAAUGGAAAGCAGAAAAAGCUGUAAAUUAUGGAUGUAAACAACCUAAAUCAAAGAAAAAGAUUGACACAGAAAUGCUAUCAUUCUUCUUGAUAGAAGAUCAGCAAGAGCCAUUUGGGUUGUAUAUUUGUGCUGCCUUGCAAGGCUAUGCUGAAGUACAAAAUAAUUUUAUAGAUAUUGCAGAACAAAAUGCUGAGAAAUCAGCAAAUCUUGCCUUUUUGAAAUCUAUUAAUGGUAUCAUAGGGUUACCUACUAUUCCAGUACAAAAAGCUCAAAAGAAAGAUCUGGUAAUUAUUAACCCAGAAUACUUGGAAGAUUUAACCAUUACUUUUUCAUACAAAAAUUAUGAAUAUGGAAAAGGUACAACAGUUGGAUACCUUUUUGAUAAGAUUGAAUUUGCUUUGGCCUCAAAGUAUUUAUUAGGAAAAAAGCGAUUGGAUUUUGAAAACUUGAGAAAAAUCAAGUACAUUGGUGAAUCUUUUGGUAGCAAUGCAGAUAUGGCCGCCAGAAAGAAAAUUCCAAAUCCAAUACCUCUGGACGACUCUGAAAGAACCAAAGUGAAUAUACUAAUCAACGACUUGCCAAGAUUGAAAAAAAUCCAAGGUUCCUUACAAAAACUAUUGGAAGUCAUGAAUUUGGUGAACUUUAAUCCUGAUGUUACAGUCUCUACAUUUUGCUAUGAUUGGAAAAUCAACUUGAAUGACAAGGAACAGUUUUUCGCUAAUUUUACUCUCAACAAGAUUGUCAACUUGUUUGAAUAUGUAGAAGAAGUUAUCUUUGAUUUUGAAGUUAAUUAUCUCAGUGACUUGUAUACUAUAGAGUUGGAAGAAAAUAUUGUGCAAAGAAUUAUUAGAUCAUGCCAAGAAAACAAUGUCAAUAUCAAUAACCUUACAACAGUUCUCAAAAGAUUUAUUAUAAGGUUCUUGAUUCCUGCUUUCUACCAACAAACAAAUAUUGGGUUGAAUUUCUAUAUUAUUAUGGAUAGUCUGUGGCCUAUUACUUCUCAAAAUGAAAUUGUUGCCAUAGAAGAUGGAGAUAUUAUCCCUGAUUCUGUUUGUUUAUGUCAUACCAAAAGUCUAUGUAUAUCACUCAUCAAACAUUUAGCAGAACAAGAUCGUAAGGUUAGAGAAGCAGAGAGUUUUGUAAAGCUAGAAGAAUAUUCAGCACAACCAACCCUAAGUUUCAAAAAGGUAGAAGACAAGAAGAAAAAACCAGCCCAAGCCGGUAGAAGACUCAAGAUUAAUGCUUAAUAAACUCGUGUUUAAAGUUUCA